UUACCCUUCUUCUCUCGUUUGUUCCAAUUUAUUCUUGUUCUGCAUUUUUCAUCUUGAGAUUCUGUUUUAGCCAAUGGACGUCGCUCGCCGGAUUCUAUUUGUUUUUAUUUUGGCGACAAUUUUGUUACAUUAUUAUUCAUCCAAUGUGGAUGGAAGAAGCCAUUACCACAAGAAGAAGAAGAAUAAAGGCUCCAGCGGUUCUCCGUCCACUCCUCCUUCGUCCCCUGUUAGUCCUCCUUCCAUUCCUUCCGACCCUUAUCCAAACGAUCCUGGGAAUUCCUCUGACUGCAUUUUUAACGUGAUGGAUUUUGGGGCAAUUGGAGAUGGCGACACAGAUGACACUGCCGCCUUCAGGGAUGCUUGGAAAGCUGCCUGUGCCGUUGAAUCAGCCGUACUCCAGGCUCCGGCUGAUAAAGCUUUCGUAAUCACUUCCACCAUCUUCUCUGGACCAUGCAAACCCGGACUUGUAUUUCAAGUAGAUGGGGUUUUAAUGCCGCCUGACGGGCCGGAUUCCUGGCCCGAAGCAGAUAGCCGGAAGCAAUGGCUUGUGUUUUACAGACUGAACAAUAUGACUUUCACCGGGACAGGAACCAUAGAAGGGAACGGACAGAAGUGGUGGGAACUCCCUUGCAAACCUCACAGAGGUCCAAACGGUUCCACAUUGCCUGGUCCAUGUGACAGCCCCACUAUGAUUCGAUUCUUCAUGAGCACAAAUUUGGUCGUGAGCGGCUUAAGAAUCCAAAACAGUCCUCAAUUCCACAUGAAAUUCGAUGGUUGUGAAGGGGUUUUGAUUGACAAGUUACUUAUAUCUUCUGCAAAACUCAGCCCCAACACUGACGGGAUUCACGUAGAAAACACAAAAUCAGUCGGAAUUUACAACUCAAUGAUUAGCAACGGGGAUGAUUGCAUUUCAAUUGGUCCCGGAUGUGUUGAUGUUGAUAUUGAAGGUGUGACUUGCGGCCCUAGUCACGGGAUCAGUAUUGGGAGUCUAGGAGUGCACAAUUCUCAGGCAUGUGUUUCCAACAUCUCCGUUCGCAACGCAGUCAUACGGGAAUCCGACAACGGCGUGAGAAUUAAGACAUGGCAAGGCGGGUCAGGUUCCGUAUCAGGUAUAUCAUUCGAGAACAUCCAGAUGGAGAAUGUCCGAAACUGCAUAAUCAUAGACCAGUACUAUUGCCUCUCCAAGGCCUGUCGAAACGAGACAUCCGCAGUCUACGUUACCGACGUCCAGUACAGGAACAUUAAAGGCACUUACGAUGUCAGAACCCCGCCAAUCCAUUUCGCCUGCAGUGAUACGGUGGCCUGCACCAACAUAACAAUGUCGGAAGUGGAGCUCCUCCCGGAAGAGGGAGAAUUGUUAGAUGAUCCAUUUUGUUGGAAUGCCUAUGGAAUUCAAGAAACACCCACUAUACCUCCCAUUGAUUGUUUACAAGAUGGCAUGCCGGAGAGGAUCGCGGAGGUCGAAUCAUAUGGCUGCUAAGAUAAUACAAUAGACUCUUUUUUCAUAUAUAUGAUAUGUGAAUUACUCACAAUCUAAAACUUAAGGGGACAUUUGAUAUAUGCAUUUUGUUGGUCAUACUUAGGCUUCAUCCCUAUUAGGGCCAUUAUUUUCCCCUAUUGUGUGAUGAGAUGUAGUAUGAAAUUGGAAAUGGUUAUUUUUUGUGCAAAGAUUGUACCAGUUUGGAUUAUCUUACAUAUAUGGAUUGUAUGAGUAAUUUCAGAAGUAGUUAUUAACAAGCUCUUGUUUUUCUUGUCUUCAAAUUUGUGAGAAAAUGAAAUGGCUCAAUGUAA